AUGGUGGUGGUGGUUCUCUUGAAAAAAUUAGUCCUAUUGUUGGCGGUAUUGCCCCUGGCCUCUCCUUUGAUCCUGGAAAUAAGCGAAAAGACGGUGGCAGAAGAAGUCGAGUCCGAGUGCACGAGCUGGAGGGUUAGUGUUGAGGCGAAUAAUAAUUUGAGUCCUUGGAAGCAAAUCCCGAAAGAGUGUGGUGAGUAUGUGAAGCGAUACAUGAGGCUUAGAGGCUAUGCAAGUGAUGUCGAGAGAGUUUGUAGGGAGGCCAAGAUGUACGCAAGGAGUGUUAACUUCAGUGGCGAUGUGAAACCCAAAUAUGCAUGGAUUUUCGACAUCGACGAGACUCUUCUUUCUAAUAUUCCUUAUUAUCACCACCAUGGUUAUGGCUUGGAGAUUUUUAACAGUACAAAGUUUGACGAGUGGGUGGAUAUGGGAAUGGCGCCUGCCAUAGACCCAAUUUUGAGGCUAUAUGAAGAGGUUUUAAGGCUGGGAUUUAAGAUCAUCAUAUUGGGAGGUAGGAGCGUGAGUCGACAGAGUAUAACCGUUCACAAUUUGUUACAAGCCGGAUUUACAGAUUGGGACAAGCUCAUACUUAGGUCCCCGGAAGAUCAUGGGAAAAAAGCUAUGAUGUACAAAUCAGAGAAAAGAAAGGAGCUGGUUUUAGAAGGUUAUGAGAUUGUAGGCAACUGUGGAGACCAGUGGAGUGAUAUAUUAGGGUCCUCCAUCUCUAAACGUUCUUUCAAGCUUCCUAAUCCUAUGUAUUGCAUUCCUUGA